CCUUGAAGAAAUACUGCACAGAAAACCUGCAACUGCAAGAGGUGUUAAAGUCAGAGGAAGAUAUGAAAACCUCUGCUGCAACAAUGAAACUGACUUUCUUCUUUCUUGCUCAGUUGCACUCUUAUCUCUCGCAAGUGGUUGCUGGUUCUAUUGGUCUGGUCCACCAAUCCGGUCCGACCCUCAUAACCAGGGAAUCAUCAUGAAUGGAAAAGAAGAAGGUACAUAUCAACGACUAAACAAAAUCACUCGAUCUUACCACAAAUAAGAAGGUAUCCUGUUUACAUCAAAAACUAACCUUGUACCACAUUGGUUAAAAAACAAGAAAUUAAAUGGCUUUAUAGCCAACUUAAUCAUAUUAUUUUAAAUCAGUUUAGUGGGCCAUGAGGAUUUAAUUUUUUGGGCCCAUUACUCCGUGCCACCACGACGGCCCAUGCAUCUCCAAAUUUCCGGCUUUUUGAUCGGGACUCUAGGCCUGGCCCAACUGUUAAUGACGAGCCCACGGCCCAUUUUUUAGGAGCCGAGUGAAGAGAGAGAAGUCACCGUCCCCAUUUCAGUGGUUCGAGCAUUUUUGGAUCAGCAACUGAGGAACAGAGUACUGUCAAAAAAAAAAAAAACUGAGGAACAGAGAAACCGAGUGAAGAGAGAGAGAAGUCACCGGAGGAGAGGAGAAAUGAACACCGACAUCACAGCAUCGACGAAGCCGGAGUACCCGGUGAUAGAUCGGAACCCGGCGUUCAGCAAGGUCGUCGGCAACUUCAACACUUUGGAUUACCUCCGGUUCACCACCAUCAUGGGCAUCUCCGUCACCGUCGGCUACCUAUCAGGGAUUAAGCCAGGGUUGAAGGGCCCAUCAAUGGUGACUGGGGGAUUGAUUGGUUUGAUGGGAGGGUUCAUGUACGCGUACCAGAACUCGGCGGGGCGAAUGAUGGGGUUCUUCCCUAACGAGGGUGAGGUUGCUCGUUACCAGAAGAGUGGUUUCAAGAACUGAAGAGGCUGGGGGAAAUUUUGGAAAUGCAAAUGAAUUCGCUUUUCUGUUCUUCCAUUGCAUUUUGAGUUUGUUUCAUGGUGGGUUUGGUUAGGAUAAUGAUGCUUGUGAAUCGAUUAAUAAUCUUCAAAUUCUGGGAUUACUGCAAUGUGAAAAAUUUCCUCACUUUCCUCUGUUAGCUUGGAAAGCAAAUGGCCAGGUGUGCUUGAAUUGGCAGCUAAGAACCAGAAAUCUGAACUCUCCAUUGAUACUGGCAAGUUAAAAAGAAUGGAAUAGUGGAGGUAGAUUGUUACCAAAGUACUAUUACCUUUGAUGUUGUAUUUCUUGUAAAAGUACUCGUAUUAACCUUCUUGAACUUUUCUUUGACAGACUUUAACAAAUAUGAUUUGUUUCACUUUCACCCAAAAAAAAAUUAAAACCAAAGUUCAGUGAAGAUAUGCCCGUUAAAUUUGUGGGAGAUUGAAUAUCUCCACCAUUGCACCGCUUAAAGGAGGUUAUGCACCAAAGUCUCAUUCCUUUAACUUGGUUGUUUAAGAUCAAACUGGAGCAUUAUUAUCAGAUGAUUCUCCACUGGGAAUAUUAUUCGAAGCAUAGAACCAUUAAUAUCAAUAGUUAAUAUUAGUACGAAUUAACUCAAUAAAUCAAAAUAAUACUAAAGCUGGUAUAGCAUAUCGAAUAAUGUGCUAGUGUCAAACAAAAUUUUGAUCGGAAUUAUCACCGAACCAAUAUAAUUCUCUCACUAAGAUUUUAUCAUACCCAAUAAACCAAAAGAUCAAAAAAUAUAAAAAGGGAAAUGAGUUGAUGUUAUGGUAACAGAAAAUUAUACAUAGAAACCUAAGCUUGAAGUGGUAUAAUUUUAUGAUUAUGUAUCGUUGGCCGAAAAAAAAAAUCCUAGGAAAGAAAGUAUGUUAGCUAGUGGUUUCAAAACUUGAACUUAUAGAUAAGAACAGUGAUCUACAUUUCAUCGAUCUAAGAAAAAACCAAUACUUAGAAAAAAAUUUGAGGAAUAAACUAAUAAUUAAUUAAAAAAUGAUUGGUAACUACAUUCAUAAACCUCUUCACCCUUAGUCACUCAACCAACUUAUCAUCAUUGCAGAUGGGUUGGAUUUUAAUUUUUUUUGUAUUUGUUGGUAAUAAAAAAAUAAGGAAUUAGGAAUAGAAGACAUAGUAUUUUACGAAGUCUCUUUACCGUUAAUAAUAGUUAAAAAGCCUUGUUUUUUACUUUUUUAAUAGAGUCAUGUUUCUCAAUUGUAAUGUCCGGGUUUUUUCAAUUAAAAAUACAAAAGCAUUCUUCCUAAAAUCAUUCAGAAGGUUGAAAAUUUAGAACUAAACAUAUUAUUGUGGAGAACUUCUUUAUAUUAGAGUUGAGAUUGGGAUAUCAAUCUCACAGCUUUGAGCGAUUCUACUUAAGUUAAGAUCCAUCUUAAUUUGAUUUGGACUCAAAUUAAUUAUUUUCAUUAUUCUACCAUUACAUGUGUUGUAGAGAAAUGAUUUAUGCUUUUGGCCGGAUAGUAUUUGGAUUUUGGAAUGAAGAAGAUAAUUAGUAAUAGAGUGAUAUACACCGAUUCUCUUUAAGAAAAAAAAAAUAAAAAUAAAUUGCAAGCCCAACCAAAUAUAUAAUCACGUUACUCUAAACUCUCUCAGCUCUAUUUUAAGGUCAUAUAUAUAUAUAUAUAUAUAUAUAUAUGGCGAGUUCUACGGUACCCUGGGUGAAAUUCGGGGUACCGCAUACCUUGAGUAUGAAAACACUAUCUAGACCUUGAAUUGACCGAUCUUUCGGACAUGAUACUAUAUUCUAACACUUAAAGAUCAAAAUCUAGGUGUUAACUCUCCCAAUCUUAUACUCUAAGAUCAAUUUAAUUAGAAACAAUAAUCGACGGUUAUUAUUCAUCCAAAUAUAGGCACAAAAAGGAA